GUGACAGGUGAAGCAGACACAGGAAGUGGUCAGACGAAUAAGAAAACAAUACGCGAGAAGCCGUAUUAGCGCAAAAACAACAUGAGGGAAGGAGGGAAGCCUUUUGACUGGCCUGACUGACAACAUGGAACACUGGCUCUCCAUCAGUCUGUCUCUGACAGUUCUCCUCUCUGCCAAAGUCCUGGCACAGACUCCGGUGCAGUUCAACUUUCAGACCAAUCCGGUGCUGGUCCAAACAGGCAGCGAGAUUCAGUUUAUAGUGGAGAUUGCCUCACCGGUUUUCUUAAUGUCAUGGUCGUACAGAACUGGAGGAACUGAACAAAGUCUGGGUGCGUGGACCACGACUGGCCCUAGUUCCAACGCUGGGCCUCAGUUCCAAGGCAGACUCACAUUCAGUGCCAACCAGCUGCGAAUCGGAGGCGCUCAGCUCCGGGAUGCAGGGACCUAUAUCGUCAGUGUGGUGCCCAUCACUUCCACGAACCUAGGAGAAAACUCCAAAACGGUGGAACUGAAGGUGUUUGACCCGGUAGUCGGGGUGGUUCUGUCUGUUCCCUCGGUGGCGGUGGAGGAGAAAAACGUGUCUCUGAGUUGCACGUGGACCGGCGGGACGGAGGUUAGCGCCCGGUGGGCCAAAGACGGCGCGGCGAUCACGCCCGAUUCCAGGAUCACCAUCUCCGGCGGCUCUUUAGUAAUCAGCCCAGCCAGUCGGGAUGAUGCCGGGGAGUACACAUGCACCGCCAGCAACGAUGUCAGCGCCCAGACUUCCACACAGAGCCUCACUGUCUACUAUGGACCCGACACCCCCAUCCUGACUGUCGAUGCUCCAAAAGAGUGCGUCGGAGGAGGGGACGUGAAGGUGGGACAGACGGUGCGUCUCACCUGUACGUCCGUCUCCCUUCCCCCUGCCGUUUUCACGUGGCAGAGAGACGGACAGAGCAUCUCGUCUGGUGCACCGAACAGCGGGCAGCUCAGCCUCCAGACCUUCUCGACCAAUGAGAGCGGCCGGCUGGCGUGCACGGCAACCAACAGCAUCACCAGGGGCACGUCCAUGCAGGCUUACGACCUGGCCAUUGUGGAUGUUUGUUUUGACGGAGGGGAAGUUGCAGGGAUCGUGAUCGGCGCUUUCCUCGGCCUCCUGAUCCUCGUGCUCCUCAUUUUGCUGCUCGUCGUUCUCGUGCGAAGGAGGCGAGCACGGGGACGACAAAGAGAUGUUGUGUUUGUUCAGAAGACGGAUCCAAUUCAAAGACCCCUUCCUCCAGAUCCUCAAACUAAUGGCGUGAGGAAUUUGGACCAAGGUCUCCAGCCUCCGCUCCAUCAGACGAACAGGCAGGCAAGCCAACCUGAGCGCUUAAUCACCAACAACCUUGAAAGCCGGGCUAUCCCACUGGCAGUGCCUCUGAACAGGCUGCGUGACUUUGACAUGCAGCAAAAUAAUGGCCGCACCCACACCAACUCCCUCCCACGAAACGCCGCUCGAACCGUGCCUUCGUACCCGGACAACGGCUUCGACAACCCGGCUUUCGUGCGCGGGGAUUCUCAGCGUGCCAACAUGCCUCCAAACACGCGACAGCAGCAAAAUCCAAACGUUCUGAUUCAGACCAUGCCCGGCCAGGGUGGCAACCAACCUGCAGCGGUUCAAGUCAGCCUAAAUGCGCUACCAAACUCUAAUAACCCGAACAAUAACCGUCAAAUGCCCACUAUUAACGUGAACCUCAACUCAUAUCCCGCCAACGAGCAACAGGCUGUGCAAGAACGCUCUUUCCCUCCCAAUAAUCAAGCCUUUAAUGAUGUCAGGCAAUCAAACCCUGCGACGCAAAGCAGACGGUCCGACCCAAAUAACCACAGGCUAAAUGGCCACGGCAACCCGAAUUUUGAAGGUGAACCGGGGCUUAUUCCAACUGGAUACACGCAUUUUAACAAUAAUAUCACAUCUCAGCGAAAUGAAAACACACAGACUCAUCAGCAGGACCUGGAGCCAAACAGGAGACCAGACAGAGAGUCAAGACAACGGGAGUCGACGGCAGGAUCCAGAGACAGCCCACAGAGACAGAUUCCCUGGGAUCAUCUCAGGGGAACGCCAGCGUACCCCAGUGGGAACCCUCAAAUAGCACAAACACAACCCGAAUCUGCUUUGGAUUCAGAUUAUAGCGCAGAGUACACCAUCCGUCCUCCCAUAGGGCGGCCAUUAAACAGAUCGGCUCCUCAGAGCCAGGCGGUUACCCGGCGCAGAACUCCGCCGAGACACGAUCCGCCCUCAGAUGAUAGUCGGACACAGACCUAUCCUGCUGACGAUCGUCAUCCCCGUGCUACCAAUGUUCCACUCCCCGAGCGCUCACACCACACACAGAGAACCCCCCAAGCGGACAGAGAAAGUGCUCAGCGGCACAUCAGAGGUAGCCAGACUGCCCUCAGGCAGGAAACGACUCACAGCAAUAACCCCCAGGCGUUGCCUCUUGUGAGCCAGCAGGCCUCUGUAGGCCGCGCUGUCGUGUCACAAGGACCCGCAACACAACAAGGACUGACUAUACCGCAGGGCACGGAUACAAGAGCUUUGGCUGAUCCAAAUCACCUUCAGCAGCCCCACGCGGCACAGCGAAACAUUUCUGCACCAGCCCAAACCCGGCCAGACCAGAGCGCGCACACACAGCCUGUCAUGCACGGUGCCGUCCAGCCUCGUCAGGGGGGCGCCAAUCCAGUCCCAGUGCCUCAUGCCCAGCCUAAUCCCGGUAACCUUACCCAGGCUGCACUAAAAGCCCACACUGAGAAGGCUCAAGUGUUUAAGGACCGGAGGCAGCAAACGCAGGCCGCCCUGAUUCACUCUGGCACAGCACAGACUCGAGCUCCCGCUGCAGGGGGUCAGCAGCCUCCUCCUGCUCCUCCUCCUAUCCCCCUGGCACAGUUUCAAACCCUCCCCAGGACACGCACCCAACACAAAUCCCCAACGAGGGUUCCACAGCCCCUCAGACAGAACGCGGCAGCAGCUCAGCGGCCGCACGGCGCACCCCGCCACACCGCCGCGGCGCCCCACAACCAUCACCACCAUCCUGGGCACGCGCAGGCAGGUGCACACAGGCACGGUCACGCGCACCCUCGCGGCCAUGGGCACCCUGCCCACGCCGCUGCACGGCAGCAACAAGCCCACAGAGGAAGACCAAGAUGAUGACAGAUGUCAGCAGACUAGGCUCUACAACUGUCCCGCGUGCGCUGUCAUAAACAAACAGCUGACAGACGUGAUCUAAUGUUCUGCCAAGCAGGACCGACGCCUCGGAUUCUGCCUUCCAAAAAAGGCUGUCAUUCUCUGCACGCUGGUGCAAAAUUCUGUUUUCCUGCAAAAAGGGAUGUGAACACGUCACCCGCGGGGAUAAGUUUUCAGCGCGGUUGAGGAUUUUACUAACUUAAACGAUUUGAAUGUUAUUCUUACUAAAAAGCUGCACUGUAAGGAUGCCCUCCCCCCCGAUCCUCAGACCUCUGCAUCAUACUGUUUUUCACUCCCAGCUUACCGGUCUGCUCAAAAAAACAAAAAAAAAAGUCUAAUGAUCAGUGGCUCCUGACCAUGUUCACAUCACGCCAUCCAUUCAUCAACAGAACCAAACAACACUCCUGUGAUAAAUUGCACAAGAAGCACUCGCAUGAAUAUCUGUGAGCACCUUGAGCCAGCAGUGGGAAAUGGAAAACGGGAGCCGGGCACAAGAUGGACUCUGCUGCUGGGAGUGGUGACAGUUAUGAAAGCAGAAAUUAGCAGCAGGGGUGGUCUUGACUCGCACUGAGCUAUUUAUUUUGUGCCUUCUGCUAGCGGAUGCAUCGUCUGACACUUCUCAAUUAAGAGGAUUCGCCUCACUGGCGCUCGGAAAUAACGCUCAGCUUCACAAGGAGGGGGAUCCCGUGAACGGAUGGGCGCUUAUUAAUUAAAUGCUUUUAUGUGACUUAAAUGGCUCGGAAAAUAAUCACACUCAAGCAUGAAUGAGGUCAGCACAAAGACGUAAACUGUCGUGCUUUUUCUGCUGAAAAAGCAGAGUAACUAUUUUACUGGGUCGGAGACAUAUAUAUUUUUUUACUGUUUACGUAUUUAUUAUUCAUAAUGGUUAUAUUUUCUACGCUGAAGGGUGUACUUGUGGAUUUAUGAUUUAGAAGAGACCGAUUUUACUUAUAAAGUAGAUCGCAUUGUGUAUUUCUCUCACUGGGUACAAUUAAUUGAUUCAAAAUAUGGGUAUAAACAGAGGGAAAAAACCAUAUUAUGCUGUAAACAGUGCUGACUGUAUAUCAUUCCCCUGUUAAAAAUGGGUGCCUAGCAGAAUCACUAUUCACUGCUGUGUGGAUGGGGUGUCUAUUUGAAGCUACAGUUCCAGCUUGACUGCAGAAAGUGCCUAAAAGUUUAGUUUGAGUGUUUAAUGAAGUGGGUUCUUCUGAGAAGUCAUGAGCAGUCAGUAUUUUACCUUCUGCAGACAGCUGUCUGAAAUGCCCCACUUUGAAGAGAUGGGUCUCAGUCACAUGAGACUCAAACUAAUCUCAGCAGACUAAACUAAAAAAAAAAGGAUCUUAAAACACCGCAUCACAAUCAUUUUAUAGCUGUGAUGGUGAAAGUUUAUGUUUACUUUCUUCACUGUUGAGUUUUGAUUGACAUGCCCAAUCAGAUCCAAGCUAUGGGCUCAGAGGCCGAAUUAAGGCAAUUAUAAAUAAUGUGUUUCAGAGCACCUGACAAUGUGUCACUGCCAAAACCAGCUGUUGAGCUGUUUGUGAUUUUAUAUGAACUGCACCCCUAGGAAGCUGUGUGGCUGCACAGAUUUGUUCGUGGCUUGCAAAACUCUAGCAAUGAUGCAUCAUUAGAGAGUAGCUGAAACCCUAGCUCUUCAAUAUUUUGACAUUCAAUGCAAGGCACUGAGUUUAUGAGCUUUGAGAACAAGUUUUUCCUCAAAUUUUAUUCCACGUAUAAUUAACAGCUGAAUCAACAACAAUUUAUACCAAAAAAAAAAGUGUAAACAUGUUAGUGCACCUAACAAAAAUCUUCAGCAAAUCGGUCACCAUCCAGAAAAAAAAGUGGCAUAAUAAGGACCACUGGUGAGUGCGUUAAGAGGAACAUGCACGAUACUAAUGUAGACCAGCCCAAAAUACUGAUGAAAUGUAAUAUUCUGUUACUGCACUAAAGAUCUACAGAGUACAAAAACACAUGAUUUAAUGGGUUAUAGGGCUGGAACUGUGUUCUGGUAAAUGCACUUUCUGAAAUACCUUGGAUCUGUUUUAGGGCCAAAAAUAGUAAAAAAGAAAAAGAAAAAAAGAAUUACUGCAGCAACCCUUUUUUUAAUUUACUUUCACAUCACAUGGUCUUAUAACGCAUAUGUCAAACAGAACAUUGUGGCCAGCAAUAAUAAACAGGUGGGACAGUUUUUUAAUUGGGGUUUAAUUAAGAUGACUAGCUCUACGUGGCUGAACUCUCUGUGAGCGUUAUUUUCUGUUAAAACUGAAGGCAAUCAGAGAGCUGUCCAGUUCAGGUAAUAUAGUGGCUGCUCAUAAGUACUGCAUGUAACCCUAUUAAAAAAAAAAAGAUCUGACAUCAGAUUUCCUUUAAAAGUUUAUCUCAACUGGAACAGAUUUACAGAUAAUAAAAAAAAAAGCAUUAGCCAAGUGUUUUUAUUUUUUAUUUUUACUGGACCUGCCAAAGAUCGAGGGGAAAAAUGUGCCCGUAUGACCUUUGAUAUCUUAAUUUUAAGAUAUCAAAGGUCUUGCUGCAGCUCAAUUUGCACUUAUUUACUGCCUUUUUAAUGUCUGAUUAUCUUCAUAAAUAAUCCUUAUAGCCAGCCCGUGCAGUUGCGGGAUGCCACAGGUGCCUUAUUUUUGUUUGUACAGAGUGUUUGUACAUUGCUUGGGGUUUUCGAGAUGUUACGUGUUUUAAUAAAGAUUUUUGUUACUGGU